AUGCCCCUCUAUGCAAAGUUCCUGAAGGAGCUCAUGACAAGAAAAAGAAACUGGGGAGAAAAGGAGACUGUAGUCCUAACUGAGGAGUGUAGUGCCAUCAUACAAAAGAAACUCCCCCAGAAAAUGAAAGACCCAAUGAGUUUCCAAAUCCCCUGCAUCAUAGGGGAUAUCACAAUUGAAAAGGCUUUAUGUGACUUGGGGGCUAGCAUCAAUCUCAUGUCCUUGAACAUGAUGAGAAGGAUGAGAAUUGAGGAAGCCAAACCAACAAGAAUGGCACUCCAACUAGCUGACAGGACAUUCAAGUUUCCACAUGGAGUGGUGGAGGAUUUAUUGGUGAAGGUGGGAGAAUUCAUCUUCCCAGCUGACUUUGUUGUGCUGGAUAUGGAAGAAGAGGCAAACACUUCAAUUAUCCUAGGAAGACCAUUCUAG